AAGUGUUUCCUGCGCCGGCGAGGUUGUUUUGAAUGAAAUCCGGCUGAUUCAUUGCAGACGCUAAACGGGGUUUACACGUUUAGAUAUCUGAGGGGAUUUUGCGUUUUGUUGCCUUUUUACAGAAACAUGGACAGACUCCUGAGGCUUGGUGGUGGGAUGCCUGGACUGGGUCAGGGUCCUCCAACCGAUGCCCCAGCAGUAGAUACAGCAGAACAAGUGUACAUUUCUUCCCUUGCGUUGCUGAAGAUGUUGAAACAUGGGCGGGCUGGUGUUCCGAUGGAAGUCAUGGGUUUGAUGCUGGGGGAAUUUGUGGAUGACUACACCGUCAGAGUGAUUGAUGUGUUUGCGAUGCCUCAAUCAGGAACGGGAGUCAGUGUUGAAGCAGUUGACCCUGUCUUUCAAGCUAAAAUGUUAGAUAUGCUUAAGCAGACUGGAAGGCCAGAGAUGGUGGUUGGUUGGUACCACAGUCACCCUGGCUUUGGGUGCUGGCUGUCUGGCGUGGAUAUCAACACUCAGCAGAGCUUUGAAGCCCUGUCAGAGCGGGCUGUUGCUGUAGUAGUGGACCCUAUUCAGAGUGUUAAAGGAAAGGUUGUUAUUGAUGCCUUCAGACUGAUCAAUGCCAAUAUGAUGGUUCUGGGACAUGAACCAAGGCAAACCACAUCAAACCUAGGUCAUUUAAACAAGCCAUCCAUCCAGGCUUUAAUCCAUGGAUUGAACAGGCAUUAUUACUCAAUUACCAUCAACUACAGGAAAAAUGAACUAGAACAGAAGAUGCUGCUUAAUUUGCAUAAGAAGAGCUGGAUGGAAGGACUGACCCUUCAGGAUUACAGUGAACACUGUAAGCUUAAUGAAACGAUUGUGAAGGAGAUGCUUGAGUUGGCCAAAAACUACAACAAGGCUGUAGAAGAGGAGGAUAAGAUGACCCCUGAACAGCUGGCAAUAAAAAAUGUUGGAAAACAGGAUCCAAAACGUCAUUUAGAAGAACAUGUUGACGUUCUGAUGACAUCAAAUAUUGUGCAGUGCUUAGCUGCCAUGUUGGACACAGUGGUCUUUCAGUAGUGCAGCCUUUGUUUAAAAGUCAUACUUAUUCUUUACUUUUUACUUCAGUUUUUUUAAAAAAAAACAGUAACUUGUAUAACAUGUUUGUGAACAUAUUGCCGCUAAUUAAUUCCCUCAGAAUAAAUGUCUGGCCCCAUCACUGAUGUUGCACAAAACUUCAGUUAAUGUACAGUUUGUCAGUUUUACAUGCUAGGAGGAAUGCUUUUUGUUUUUUGGUUCAGGUGCAGGAGAAUACUAUUUCGUCAUGGUUUUCUUAAAAUAUCAGGUGCAGGUGAAUGCUACUUUGCAAUUUUCUUGAAAUAUCUGUAAAGAUCAGGAUUUAUUUGUAUGUAGUGAUAUUUAUCACCUCUUAAAAAUAAAGACAAAGAUGACAAAUUCAGAACCUUGAUCUUUAACUGCCAAUGCUUAAUGUUGACUGGUUAUUUCUUUGAACAUAAAACAUUGAGAAUUUUAAAAUAAAGUAAUCCCAUUUUUGA